ACGAAAGCGCUGACAUAUAGGUUACACGAAUCCAUAUAUUUAUAUGUACCACAACCAUAUCAGUACCACCAAUUUUGAAAAAAAAUAUUUCUUUCGGAUUAAUUCAUCCGCAGCAUACAAAGAACUAGUACAAAGUAAUGGCUAAUGAUGAGUUGAUUUUGUUGGAUUUCUGGGCUAGCAUGUUUGGUAUGAGGCUAAGGAUUGCCCUUGCUGAAAAAGGGAUUAAAUAUGAGUACAAAGAAGAAGAGGGACUGAUCAGUAACAAAAGUGCUCUGCUUUUAGAGAUGAAUCCUAUACACAAGAAAGUUCCUGUUUUGAUUCAUAACGGGAAACCAAUUUGUGAGUCUAUUAUUGGAGUUGAGUAUAUUGAAGAAGUGUGGAAGGAUAAAGCCCCUUUGCUCCCUUCUGAUCCUUAUGAGAGGGCACAAGCUAGGUUUUGGGUUGAUUACAUUGACAAGAAGUUGUAUGUUUCUGCAAGAAAGAUAUGGGGAACAAAGGGAGAAGAGCAGGAGGCAGGUAAGAAAGAUUUCAUAGAAGUACUUAAAGUGUUGGAGGGAGAACUUGGAGAGAAGCCUUAUUUUGGAGGAGAUAAUUUUGGUUUUGUGGAUAUUGCUUUGAUUGGGUUCUAUAGCUGGUUUUAUGCUUAUGAGACUUAUGGUAACUUCAGCGCAGAGGCUGAGUGUCCAAAGUUUGUGGCUUGGGCUAAGAGGUGCAUGCAAAGGGACAGUGUGGCCAAGUCUUUGCCUGACCAACAUAAGGUCCUUGAGUUUAUACAAAUGCUAAGGCGGAAGUUUGGAAUUGAAUAAACAUAUGCAUAAUAAUGUGUAUUUGAAUAAAGCACUUCAUUUUGCCUUGUUGAGUUGUUUCAAGAUUUGAAAUUGUUUGUUCUUUUGGUCAUAGUGUAAGUUCUGCUUUUACUUUUGAAUUUUGUGUCUUCAUCUGAACUUGUUACUUUGACUGGAUGAUUGAUAUGAGUGAUUUGAUGUUUGGUUUUGCGAUUAUUGCAUCA